AUGCCCAUCGACGACGGACAGACGCGCGUCACGUUUCUGCGAGGGGACACGGCCGGCGUGCGCUCCCUGUACCUCAGUCUGUGGUCCGAAGACAAGCGAUUGGUAACGUGCGAAUUAAACACCGACCCACGAGUCACAGAAAGAUACCGUGCUAUCUGCGACAGAAUCGACAGCCGGGGUCAAGAAGAAGAAGUCAUCCAGAGGUUUAACAUCAGUGCGUUGUUGGCUCCGGAGGCUCCCUGCGCACUUGUCUCCUCCAGUGCGCCAAAGUUCACCAGGCGAAGAGAUGGGACAGAGGGGAGAGCGCGGAGAAAACGCUCCUGGAUAUUUCCAGGGACACUGUGGUGCGGCACUGGAAGCAAAGCGGUCGGAUAUGAACAGUUAGGGAUGUUUGAGAGUGUAGAUAGAUGCUGCCGUGAGCACGACCACUGUCUGCAUAUCAUUCCAUCUUUCACAGUGAAUUAUGGAGUCUUCAACCCCAAAUUCUUCACCGUCUCACACUGUGACUGUGACCAAAGGUUUCGACAGUGCCUUCUUGGUGUGAAUGACACCAUUUCCAGUAUGGUUGGCUACAGCUUCUUCAACAUUCUGCGGGUUCCCUGCUUUGAGCUCAAACAACAGAAGAGAUGCACUGAGAUGUACUGGUGGGGAAUGUGCAAAGUUGCCAAAGAGGCUCCAUAUGCUAUCUUCAAAAGCCCCCUUCUUUACAACACCUCUGAUGUUGCACGCAAAUAUGGAGACAACGCUGACAGCAACAACUUAACAAGUAGUGAGGGGCAGCAUGUUACCAAAAGCAAACAAAGAUGUAACUCCAGAGACCCACCCAGAGGAGACACUUUCUACCGCCGAAGGACAAUGGGGAAAGGAUUCACAACAAAACUAAAGACAGCAGCCUCCGUUCAUAAAGAUGACAAGCCACUAAAGCAGGUGGAUUCCCAUCUACUAUGGAAUUACAAGAGCCAGGAGCCCAUGGGUGCAACCCAAGCCCAAAACACAGAAACAAAGCGAGGCCUGAAACAAAAUAUUGCAUUACAUAAUAUGACAGACAAUCAGCGCCUGUGUAGAAGCCUCAAACAUCUGGAUGAUUGUAAAUACAAAAUCCCUCCUUUGGAGAAGAAGUAUGAUCUGCAGAACAUGGAGUCAAAGACUGCCUACAACUGUCAUUGUACCAGCCGCUUGGCAGUUCAGAUUGAAAUCUUCAAGCAACCCAGUACUCUCCCCAGGCUACUGACGGACUUCGUCUCUCAGUACUGCUUUAAACUGCCAAAGCAGAAAAAGUGCCACACUGUUCUGGAGGCUUCACUAAAGCCUCUGACCUACUUCGAGCACUUAAGAAGAUGGAGGAAAGAGACGUUGCUCUGGUGCGAAAUUCAAGCGAUGACAGGAAAAGAGGGAUUCCUGUUCGUCUUUAUAAGCGAUGCCUAA